AUGCACAUGCUCGCAGAAUGUGAGAGAAUCCUCGGUGAAGGUCUUCUACGAUUGCCUUCGCAGCAUAACUACCGCUAUGGCCCGAAGGCGGAACGCGACCUGCUAGAGCUUCUCUUCCGGUCGCUCGUCGGGCACAACGAUGAGCUGGUAGCUCACCUCUUCCCGGAUGGCACACCAACGGGGUCAUGGAAAUUGGCGGACGCGCAAGGCGCUCGUGAAGGAGCCGAGUAUAGCGAGGCGGCGCGGGGCAAGCGAUGCGGGCACAUUUUCCGAGCGGGAGAGGCAACCUAUCGCUGCGUGACUUGUGCUGCGGAUGAUACAUGCGUGCUGUGCAGUCGAUGCUUUGACUCGUCAGAUCAUACGGGGCAUCAGUAUCAGAUUUCGCUUUCGUCGGGUAACUGUGGCUGCUGUGACUGCGGAGACGAUGAAGCCUGGCGGCUGCCACUGUUCUGCGCCAUUCACACCGACAGUGGAAAUAUAAAGGGUAAAGAGCGGGCAGAGCGAGAGCUGCCCCCGGACUUGGUGGCUACGAUUCGGUUAACCAUCUCACGGGUUCUGGAUUACUUUUGUGAUGUCAUCUCUUGCUCGCCGGAGAACUUGCGGCUAGCAAAGACGAUGGAAGGCAUCAAGCAGGAUGAAGAAGCGUCUCGAUUGCGUCCAGGCUGGUAUGGUGAGGGUGAUCAGGAGGAGGAAGAACCCGAGUUCGCCUUGAUGCUUUGGAAUGACGAGAAGCAUACCAUCCGAGACGUCGCUCACCAGGUCACGCGUGCUUGUCGCGAGCGCGAUAGCUUCGGUGUUGCGCGAGCUCAUGAAACCAACGAUAUUGGUCGGAGUGUCAUCAAGUAUUCGAAGGAUCUGCAACGCCUGCUGGCGGUGUCCAAGAUCAUUGAGGAGAUCAAGGUUACAGUCUCGGUUCGAUCCGCUCGCGACACCUUCCGGGAGCAAAUGUGCGGCGCGAUCGUUGAAUGGCUGGCAGAUAUUGCUGGAUGCAGUAUCCUGGAUGACAAUGAAAUCUUCCGCCAGAUUAUUUGCGAAGAACUGCUCAGCCCGUGGCGAAAGGGGAGUGGUGCUUAUAACGCAGAUAUCGGUAUGAAGGGUAUCGAUGACCACCAGGAGACGGAAAAUCAGCUUCCUGGUCGCACCGUCUUGCUCACUCUCCCUCCGCAUGGACAGAUAGUUCUUGCAACCACCGACGAGGAUGAGGAUGAAGAGGGAGACGAUGGCAACGAGCAAGAUGAAGAUGAAGACUACGUCGAAGCUCACGAUGAUGCGGAUGACGAAGACGAUGAUAUGGAUAUGGAACUCGCCCGCCUCCAAGCUGAGGCUGACGGAGACGAUGACGAGGAAAUGGAUAUGGGCAAUGAGGAGGAAAUUGCCCUGGCUGAACGCAUCUUAGCAGGACUGGCUAGCACACAGCACAUGGCUCCUCGCCCAGCUCCGCAACCCACGGAAGAACAGGCUGCUCAGGAGGAUGAAACCGACGUUGUCGCUUCCAAUGAGGGCGAAAGCCAGCCAUCCGCUUCUGACAGCUAUGUCUCUAUUCCAAAGACCCCUUCGGGAGUAAUCAGACCUCCUCCCGCACGAACUGAAGGCCACUGGCAAGUGCGGCCUCCCAUACCGGCUGUCGGUGAGAAGGUUGCGCCUUAUGAAGACCUCUGGCAACGCACUCGUCUAGACUGGUUGGUUCUGUUUGAUCUGCGGCUGUGGAAGAAGACUCGCACGGAUUUGCGGGAUCUCUACAUCAGCACCGUGGUCAACGUGCCUCAAUUCAAGCGCAUCAUGGGUUUACGACUCUCUGCAUUGUAUACAGCUCUGGCGCAACUCUAUCUCAUCGCAGAUCGUGAGCCGGACCACUCCAUCGUCAACCUCUCCCUUCAACUUCUUACGACGCCUUCCAUUACGGAGGAGAUUGUUCUGCGAGGCAAUUUCCUUACCAAGGUCAUGGCGAUUCUCUAUACCUUCCUGACAACACGACAGGUGGGCGAACCUCAAGCCGUCAACCCGAAUGCCACGUUGGCGUUCGAUGCAGGUUCCGUCACAAACAGGCGCUUGUACCAUUUCUUCCUUGAUUUGCGCUACCUCCUUCAAUCCGAGUAUGUCCAACACCGCGUGCGGACCGAGGAACAGUACCUGCCUCAGUUCCUGGACUUGGUCAAGCUUUCGCAGGGUAUCUGCCCUAACGUUCGUGCCGUCGGCGAGCACGUCGAGUAUGAGACAGAUGCUUGGAUCAGUGCCUCGAUUCUGAUGCGAGAAAUCAACCGCCUUUGCCGACAAUUCUGCGAAUCUUUCCGGAAUCCGGAGAUUGAUAAUGGUCAGAACCUGUUGCGGGCUAUCAAGACGACUACUAUGACCGCGAUCAUGCACUCGGCGGGCGUGGAGCGAAAGCGCUUCGAUCAAGCCGAGAUCAAGGAAGAAGUCAAAUUCAAGACUUUGCCUCCGUUUGAUUUCGAGAUGGGUUCGUCUGGUCAAGUUCCAUGUCACCGCGUGGUCGAAUUCGCCGUUGAGAAGGGAUCGAUCAGUUUCCACCACGCAAUUCACUAUACCCUGUCAUGGUUGAUUGAAUGUGGUCGCGGGGUGAGCAGCGAAGUCAUGCGGGGUGUUCUCUUUGAAGCUGCCCAGAAUGCUAGGGUAGAGCUCCACGCUGCCAAGGUCGCUGGCAACAAGCAAAUAGACGAUAAUCUUCUCACCCUUAGUCCGGAGGAUCUUCUUCUGACCAUGUUUGACUACCCCCUGAGAGUCUGUGCUUGGCUUGCUCAGAUGAAGGCUGCCAUGUGGGUUCGCAACGGUCUGAGCCUUCGCCACCAGGCAUCACAAUAUCGCGGCGUCUCUUCUCGAGACUUUGCAUACUAUCGUGACAUUUUCCUGUUGCAGACCGCAAUGGUGACCUGUGAUCCCAGCAGAGUCCUUGCAUCUAUCGCUCAUCGCUUCGGCAUGGUUGAUUGGAUGUCUCGAAACUACAUGCCUCGUAAUGGUUUCGAGGAUACUCAGAUCGUCGACGUCGCUGAGGAGUUUGUCCACUUGCUGGUCAUCUUGUUGACCGAUCGCACCUCCCUGACUGCCAUUGAUGAUAGUUCUCACUUGACCAAGGAGAACAUCAGUCGGGAUAUUGCCCACGUCCUGUGCUUUAAGCCGCUGUCCUUCUCUGAUCUGUCAACCCGUCUGAGCGACAAGCUACUGGAUUCCGAUAUGUUCCAAGAUGUCCUUGAAGAGGUCGCCAACUUCCGCCCUCCAGAGGGCCUGAGCGAUUCUGGAACAUUUGAGCUGAAGUCUGAGUUCUUUGACCUUGUGGAUCCGUACAGCGCGCAUUACACCAAGAACCAACGAGAUGAGGCGGAGAACAUUUACAAGGAAUGGAUGGCUAAGAAGACCGGUAAAAAGGCAUCUGACAUUGUGUAUGAGCCCAAGCUUCGUCCCAUUAGCUCGGGGGUGUUCUCCGAUCUGCCGCGCUUUACGGGGACUAUGCUUUUCGCACAGCUCGUUCAUCAGUGUCUUGAGUAUGUUGUUUCCUUCAAGGAGUGCACCUCUGCCAUCCCUCCAACUCGCGUGGAGACUUUCCUCCAGGUCAUUCUGCACCUUGUGCUCGCUGCAGUACUGGAAGACAACUCUGAAGAUGGCAGCAUGGAGACGGAGCAGAGUCAGUCAUUCAACUUGCAUGCCAUGUCCAAGUCUCGAGAGAUCAAGGCAGGCAACUUGACCAUUGUCGGUCUUCUGGAAAGAAUAUCGGUGACCAACGAAUUCUCUGCAUGCGGUCCCAAGAUCCGUCACAUUCUCAAGCGUCUGUGGCAGAAGCGGCCUCGCACCUAUACCUCAGCAACUGCCUCUCUCAGGUUCCCCUUCGAUCGCAUUGAAACCAGCUCGCCCGCCAUCGACAUCGACAAUGAGAAGGAACUCAAGAAGAAGCAGGCAUUGGAGAGACAAGCUAGAGUGAUGGCCCAGUUCCAGCAACAGCAACAACAAUUCCUGAACACUCAAGGAGACAUUGACUGGGGCGAGGAGGACUUUAGUGAUUCGGAACCGGAGGCACCAACGGCUCAUGAGGCUAAGGUUUGGAAGUAUCCUAGCGGGACAUGCAUUUUCUGUCAAGAUGAGACCAGCGAUUCGAAGCUCUAUGGUACUUUUGCGUUGAUUCAGGACAGCACAAUCCUGCGACAGACCGACAUCAGAGACCCUGACAGGAUCCGUGAAGCGCUCAGGACUCCUACGAGCUUGGAUCGAUCUGCAGACGAUAUCCGGCCCUUCGGAGUUUCCGGAGAGAACAGGACAACGAUUCGCCGGCUGGAUUCAUCUGGAGGUGAGGUCAUCAGCGAAAAGGUUGGUCUUAGCAAGGGCUUCAGCCCGAAGAGCACUCUGCGUGGACCUGUGACGACUGGCUGUGGUCAUAUCAUGCAUUACUCGUGCUUUGACGUUUACUAUACCGGAACCCAAAGACGGCAUAGCCAGCAGAUUGCCCGGCAUCAUCCUGAGAAUAUCACACUCAAGGAAUUUGUGUGCCCGUUGUGUAAGGCACUCGGCAAUGCAUUCCUGCCCAUCACUUGGAAGGGCAAGGAGGAGUCAUAUCCCGGCGCGCUGAACACUGUUUUGCCGUUUGAUGAGUUUAUGACUACAGGGCUCAAGAGUGCCCUGAAUCAGUCACAGAACUUCCCUGUUCUGAUGAUUGAGAAAGACAAGGCGUAUCAACAGCCAUACUCUGACUUGUUCGUCGAUUACCUGUCGAAGACCCUGACACCUCCACUCUCUUCGAGGGUCGGCCAGCUUAUGACUUCCUCAUUGCCUUCAACUGGUGCAUCCCACCCUCUGUCAUCUGUUCCCCGUCUGGCCAUGCCGGGCCUUUUCCCCACGACCGCUGAAGACUUGCCACCAACGAGCCCCUUACAGCAGGUCUCGACGCCUUCGGACAGCCCUAUGACGGAGCUUCUGCAGAUCUACAAGCGUCUUAAGAAGACCAUCAAGAUGAACCACAUUAGCUCCAUUUUCAAUAACAGUCCUGAUACGAUGGUCAGUGAUGAACUGGUGCACACGGACUCUUUGAUCCGGAGCUUCGGGUUUAGCAUUUCGUCUGUCGAGAUUGCCCAGCGUGGUGUCGAGUCGGAGCCCGGAUCGACUCUUCUGGACAAGAUUCCGCCACUAACCUUGACGCAUCUCCGUAUUUUGGCAGAGACUGCUUUGACCUAUGCAGCUGUGGGAUGUGUUCACUCAAGCAACAGCCCGAAGAGUCGACCUACCCACGAGUUCCAGGAAAUGCACCGGCAAAAGCUAUGCCAACUGCUCGUCGGACAUCCUUGUUUGAGCGGCACACCCCUGUUGAACGAUGUUAGGAACAUCGAACCGCUGCUCGCCAUGGAUACCUUUGUGUUCUUGGCGGAAUGCUCACUGUCUUUGCUACCUGUUCUCCGUAUUGAUGUACGACACCUCGUCCAGAUGUGCUACGUGGCUGAGAUCGUCAAGGUUGCUGUCACUUUCAUCCUGUGGCCGUUGGGUCUGAAGGAAGAACUUGCACACCAAGGAGAUAAUGAUCUCGCUGGAUCUGAUGUUUCAGCCGAUCGACAUGAUGUCACAAAGCACUUCUUUGAUUCCAUCGUUGCAGAGCUCAAGGCCAACUCUGUUGGACGCGCCGAGGGCUCCUCGUUCCCGGCCGAGAGCGGCUACGUGAAGGAUGGAGAAGAGUCUGCUACCCCGAGCGUCAUCCUCGCCCUCCGCCGCCUUGUCUCUAGCUACGCCCUGACAUUCCUGCGCAAGGCUGUCAUCCUGCUCCAUGUGCAGCAUGGCGUUGAUUUCCCCAACACGGGCUUUGCUGAUCUCGGCGCGUCGGAACUGGACCGACUUACCAAGACUCUUCACCUUCCUACGCUGGACGAGAUCUUCAUGUCUGUCAGCCCUGCACGGAAGAGCAACAGCCCCUUCGAUGCCGUCAUCUCCGGUUGGAUCUUCCACUGGAACGCCUCGCGCUCGGGCAUUCGCUUCGAAGAUCACCGUCUGUGGCCUAGUCUCCCACACCCAGCCAUCUUUGAGCUUGUCGGUCUCCCUAAGUACUUCGACAGCUUGAUCGAGGAGGCCAACAGACGUCGCUGCCCGAACUCAAAGAAAGAGCUCAGCGACCCGAGCAUUUGUCUCUUCUGCGGUGACAUCUUCUGCUCGCAGGCAGUGUGCUGCAUGCACAACAAGCUGGGUGGUUGCAACCAGCAUCUGCAAAAAUGUGGCAAAAACAUCGGCCUCUUCAUCAAUAUCCGCAAAUGCACAGUCCUCUACCUGCACAACCACAACGGCUCAUGGCACUACGCACCCUACCUCGACCGCCACGGCGAAGUUGACCCCGGUCUACGCCGCAACCGCCAACUCAUCCUUAACCAAAAGCGGUAUGACAGACUCCUGCGCGAUGUAUGGCUUUCGCACUCGAUUCCUGCCACGAUCAGUCGUAAGUUGGAAUCGGAGAUGAAUAAUGGCGGGUGGGAAACGAUUUAA